AGUAGCCGCGUACAGGAAGAGGGGACUCUCCACGCACGCUCCACGAGGAAGAGUGACGCUCUCCCAGCACGGACCUGUUGCCGCUUCCGGGCAGAGUUGGCGCAGAAGUUUGAAACUGAGUCGGUGUUCGUGUGAAAGCAUCGCGAAUGGACAGCGUCAUCAUUCUCAGCAGCAGCGAAGACGAGUCGGACACCGAGCCCUCCGUGUUGGUCGUGGAAGAGGAGGCGCCGCCAGUGGUCCAAAAGGAAGGAGCAGUUGAAGUGGUGGAUGAUGACCUGGCGAUCACCUACGCCCAGAAAGGGGCGGUGCUUCCCCACGCUCGAUCCGAUUGCUCCGCCCAUCCUUUCAGGGAGACGUCAGGUCACGAGCUGGGGAACGAGUCUUACUGUGAACAGUGCUUCUGUUAUGUGUGUGAUACACUGGCGUCUGAGUGCCAGAUAUGGAGCACACACUGUGAUGCGCAUCCCCGCUGCAGUGUGUGGAGAGCCCAGAGGGAAAUGAGGGCACUCGGGAUUCUCCACAAGCUGGGGUUCACCAUGGAGGACAUGGACCAGGACAUACGCACAGCAGAGCGUCUUCUCCAGAUUUUCUCUCGGACCUUGGCAAAGCACCUUGUGGUUUUCCAGCAAUCAGGACACAGUUCCAGGUCUAUGUUUGAGUGUGUGUGUGCAUUCCUGUCCAAGGCGGAACAAGAGACGGUGAAGACUGGAGCGGUCAUGAUGCUAGGAGCUGCCCACCUCCUCACACACACACAACCUCACAGUGAAGGCUCACAGGAGUUUUUCGUUGACCCCAAAGACAACGUCUCUGAAGCACUUUGCCUGCUGUUACACAGAGUGUUCAGUUGGCUACUGCAGGUGUGUGUGGACAUCACGUUGUCCUCCUCAGUUGUCCAGAAGCUUCAGCGAUCCUGUGCACUCCUCAACGUUCCCACCAACUGUAAAACUGCCUGGCUGAGCGUGCAGGCGGUGCGUUGCUGGGACGACGGGUUGCUGGUAGCCGUGCUGAAGGGUCAGAACAUCAGUGGCCGCACGAAGAGGACCAGGAGUUCCGUCAGCAGUCUCCAGGAGACGGGCGCCGUGGUAACCGAACGCGUCCGCCAGCUACUCCAGCAGGACAGGUACAGGGAAGUUGCACGUUACUUGAAAGUGGUGCAGAGUGACAAGACAUCAAUGAUUCAGGAGCUGAGAGAUCUGGUCCCUCUCUACCUCUGUCAGGCAGGUGAUUUCCAGGCAGCAAUUGAGGCCUUAUUUAGUCCGAUAGGCCACACCCCCUCCUACCCUGCUGCUAGACUGACUCCGCCCCAACUCCACACUUACCUCAGAGUCUUCACCACAGGUCAGGCCCCAAGACCACACCCGUCAUCCUGGCAUCAUCCAAUGGCAGCCUCCCGCUGGGAGCCAAUCAAAGGUGUGUGUGUGUUGAAGGCUUCUCAGGUGGUCAAAUUUGCACUGAGAGUUCUACAUUGUAAUACGUCAACCUUCAAUGACGUGUUGACAUGGGAGAAUCUUCUGAUGUUUGUGAGUUCCCAACCAAGACCUGAUGGAAGAGUCGAACUCACAGAAUACCUGCAGCCAGAUGACCAAUACCUCAUGAGGGCUCAUGAGAUCAUCACCUCCAUCUUGACGGACUUGGGAACCUCUCACCUCCAGAUUCCCAAGAGCUUCAUAGGAGUCUACCCCAGACAGGCUCUUCUCCUAUUGGUGACGGAGGCUUUAGCUCAACGCAUCAGCAAAGCAGGGCUAAGCCCCGCCCUCAAUGUUCUCCUCAAGUAUAAGGUGAACGUGUGGGCUCUCCAGUGGUUGUAUCAGCGUCUGUCGUCUGAUGCUCCGUCUCUUCGGUUUCUGUUCUCUGCCACUCUAGAGGAGCUGCUGCAGCCCCACCCUCAGAAACUGAGUGCAGAUGAGAAUGUCUUCAUCUCUGACUUCCUGUGUCUGUUCUUCCUGGAUGGAGCAUGUCAGAUUCCACUGAACACCAAUUUGCUUUUGGCCAAUUGGAACGAGUCUUCUUUUCCCUGGCAGUAUACUCUCAGGCAAACACUUGAGCAUUGGAGAGCUGAUUUAAGUCCUGACAAGUACAACAUACUGCAGAGGAUGAAAGCAGCUUGGGCUACCUAUUAAAACACUCACACACACAUGCACACACACACACACACACACACAACACACACACACACACACACACACACAUGCACACACACACACACACACCUGCUUCCUAUACCUAUACUUUCCAGUUCCCAUUUCAUUGUUAGGAUGUUUAAAUUUCAAUAAUGAAAACAGGAUUGUUUAUGUUGUACAAAGAGUUAAAUUGUUUAAAGUAUAUAUAUCCAUCCUGUACAUUUUAUUUAGUAGAUGUUGUUAACGCUGUGAUUGUUUAAGUAUAUAUCCUGUACAUUUUAUUUAGUGAAUGUUGAUAACUCUCUGUUGGAAUAAAAUUAUUUGUGCAAUAUCCAUGUGCCCUUAUGAGUUUUACCUCAAUUACAUUUAACCCUGACACACACAUAUAUACACACACACACACACACACACUCAAACUCAUACACACACAAACACACACAGAUACACACACUUGACGUGGGUGGGCGUGGUUUAUCAUGCAAAUAUUUUAUUUUUGUAACCUAAUAUCAUGGGAAUGCAAUGACUAUUGUACCUGGCUAAGCAAAUAGCAAGACGAUGUUGUGGACUAUUGUACCUUGCAAAUAGCAAGACGAACGCUUGAAUUUCCCCUUGGGGAUCAAUAAAGUAUUUAUCUAUCAA